ACCUCUCGCUACCCAGUCAGAUACCUCUAGAAUCGAAUCGCGUAGGCCUCCCGCCGUCGUCGAGCGGGGUUCCCUUAUUUGGACAUUUGAGCAGACGAAGAACCCCAACAUAGAGAUGGGAGAUCUCUCUUCUAAUGGCGGCUCCAGCCAGGACCCAAAAUCCCCGAAGCUACCGAUCCCUGGCAAGCGUAACAUCCUCAUCACCAGCGCCUUGCCCUAUGUCAACAACGUCCCUCAUCUCGGCAACAUCAUCGGAUGUGUGCUAAGUGCUGAUGUGUUUGCGCGAUAUUGCCGGCUGAGGGGCUACAACGCAAUAUAUAUAUGUGGGACUGAUGAGUACGGAACAGCAACAGAAACCAAGGCGUUAGAGGAGAAGUGUACCCCACAGGAGAUUUGUGACAAAUACCAUGCUAUUCAUAGGGACGUCUAUAAGUGGUUUGAUAUAAGUUUUGAUGAGUUUGGACGUACAUCAAGUCCACAGCAGACUGAAGUCUGCCAGGCAAUAUUUAAGAAGCUGCUGGAGAACAAUUGGCUUUCUGAGAAUUCAAUGCAACAGCUAUAUUGUGAUACUUGCGAAAGAUUCUUAGCUGACAGGCUUGUGGAGGGAAACUGUCCUACCCCGGGAUGUGGUUACGAGUCUGCUCGAGGAGAUCAAUGUGAAAAAUGUGGGAAGCUUUUAAACCCUACGGAAUUAAAUGAUCCUAGGUGCAAGGUCUGUCGGAAGCCUCCUCGUAUUCGUGAUACAAACCACUUGUUUCUUGAACUCCCUUUGCUGAAAGAAAAAUUGGAAGAGUACAUCAACAACAUGUCAGUUGCUGGAUCCUGGACCCAGAAUGCUAUUCAGUCAACAAAUGCGUGGCUUAAAGAAGGACUUAGACCACGAUGCAUUACCAGGGAUCUGAAAUGGGGGGUGCCUGUUCCACAUGACAAUUUUAAGGACAAGGUUUUCUAUGUCUGGUUUGAUGCACCUAUCGGAUAUGUCUCAAUCACUUCUUGCUACACUCCUGAGUGGGAAAAGUGGUGGAAAAACCCUGAAAAUGUGGAGCUUUUUCAGUUUAUGGGGAAAGAUAAUGUGCCGUUCCACACUGUGAUGUUUCCAUCUACGCUUCUUGGAACUGGUGAAAGUUGGACCUUGAUGAAGACAAUCAGUGUUACUGAGUACUUGAAUUAUGAAGCAGGAAAGUUUUCUAAGAGUAAAGGUGUAGGAGUUUUUGGUAAUGAUGCAAAAGAUACAAACAUUCCUGCGGAAGUCUGGAGGUAUUACCUGCUAACUAACAGGCCAGAGGUAUCCGACACAGAUUUUAAAUGGUCUGAUUUGCAAGCCAAACUUAACAGCGAGUUGCUUAGUAAUUUGGGCAACUUCAUUAACCGUGUUUUGAGUUUUAUUGCUAAACCUGAAGGUGUUGGAUAUGGGUCUGUUGUUCCUGACGCUCCAGGGGCGGAUUCACAUCUUUUGACAAAGGCAUUGGCUGACAAAGUUGGUGCAUAUGUGGACCAAUAUGUCGAAGCCAUGGAGAAGGUCAAACUAAAGCAAGGAUUGAAGACUGCAAUGGCCAUUUCUAGUGAAGGAAACUCAUACCUUCAAGAAAAUGAAUUUUGGAAGCUUUACAAGGAAGACCUGCCUUCAUGUUCCAUUGUUAUGAAAACGUCAGUUGGAAUUGUGUAUCUUCUUGCAUGCUUACUUGAGCCUUUUAUGCCGUCUUUCUCUGCUGAGGUUUUUAAACAGCUUAAUUUGCCUCCUGAAACGGAAGCUUCACUUGGUGAUGAAAAAGGAAACAUUGACAAGGCAAGAAGGCCUUGGGAAAUCCUACCUGCUGGUCAUAAACUUGGGACACCCCAACCAUUGUUCAAGGAAUUGAAAGAUGAUGAAGUGAACUUCCUUCGGGAAAAAUUUGCUGGAAGUCAGGCUGAUAGAAUUGAAAGAGCAGAAGCUGAAGCAGCAAAGACUGCUGAGCAACUUAAGCAGAUAAAAAUUUCAGAUGUCAGCGGGAAGAAGCAGCGGCCAACAAAGCCUAAAGCUGAAGCCAAGCCAAAAGCCAAUGCCGAGCCAGAAAUUUCAAUUACAAGACUUGAUAUUCGUGUUGGUCUAAUAAAAAAGGCUCAAAAGCAUCCUGAUGCCGACUCACUAUAUGUUGAGGAGAUUGAUGUUGGUGAAGAACAGCCUCGAACAGUGGUCAGUGGACUUGUCAAAUACAUACCGCUUGAGGAAAUGCAGAAUCGGAAGGUAUGUGUUCUCUGCAAUCUGAAGCCAGCUACUAUGAGGGGUAUAAAGUCCCAGGCAAUGGUGCUUGCUGCUUCCAACAGUGACCACAGCAAGGUUGAACUGGUUGAUCCCCCGGAAUCUGCUAGUGUUGGAGAGCGAGUUACAUUUCCUGGCUUUGAAGGAGAACCUGAUGAUGUCUUAAAUCCCAAGAAGAAGGUCUGGGAGACAUUGCAGGUGGAUCUUCAAACCAAUGAAGACCUGGUGGCCUGCUACAAAGAUAUCCCUCUUACCACAUCUGCAGGCUCGUGCAAGGUGGCAUCCAUCCAAAGUGGUUCCAUAAGGUAGAAAAUUUUUCCCAAACCAUUGAAAGACAGAACCUUGGAUUAUGUUGCAUUUCUUCCCAUUUUUCAUCAGUGUAUUUCUUAGUGACUGUAGAAAGUAACUUCCUCAUCGAACAGCCAUUGUAGCAUUGAACGGCAGUUCGAUGUUACUAAGAAGUGAGGUUGUUUGCUGUUUUGAUUGAAAAAAGUGGAUUGCAAGAAAAUGUUAUCUAGUACUGAUUAAUGUCACAUUCUCUCUUUAAAGAAUAGUGCAACAAUGACCAGUGCAACUGGGGUGAAAAGAAGAUUUAUUUCGGGUGA